GCAUGGGGGUUGCGCCGUACGUCGGCGGCGUAGCACUACGGCGGCUCCAAGGGAGAAAACGGGAGUCCUAAAGAAAGAAAAUAGCUGGAUUCCGGCAUCGGCUCGGAGGAUUAGGUUCUUUUAUUAAAUAGAGAAUCCAUUUAGCAUGGAUCAUUGACGAUGAGGGAUUUAACUGUGGCCUCCAGCUGACCAAUAAAACUAUGGCUCAGUUCCCAACGGCUUUUGGAGGAGGCCUAGAUGCCUGGGUCAUCUCCUUGGAGGAGCGGGCCAAACAUGACCAGCAGUUCCACAGCCUAGCGCCCAGCCCUGCUGGCUUCAUCACUGGUGACCAGGCCAAGAACUUCUUCCUGCAGUCUGGCCUGCCCCCACCGGUACUUGCACAGAUAUGGGCUCUGGCUGACAUGAACAAUGACGGGAAGAUGGACAUGCACGAAUUCUCCAUUGCCAUGAAGUUGAUCAAGCUAAAGCUUCAGGGUCACAACCUGCCCCUCUCGCUGCCCCCUGCCAUGAAGCAGCCUCCCGUCCCAUUGCCCCCAGCACCUGCCUUUGGUAUGCCAGGUGUUACUGGAAUGCCGAGUCUCCCAGGUUUGCCCCCUGUGCCCCUGGCCCCCCUGCCUGGGCUGGGGAUGUCCCCUCCUCUCGUGUCGUCAGUGCCCCCACCCGUGCCCCCCAUGGCCAACGGAGCACCUCCCAUGAUCCAGCCUCUCCCUGCCUUCACUCACCCUGGUACAGCACUGAACAAAAGCUCCUCCUUCAACCGCUCCAGUGCUAAACUCCAGAAAGGACAGUCCUUCGACUCAGCCAGCGCCUCAACGGCUCCCCCUGCCGACUGGGCCGUGCCGCAGUCCUCGCGCCUCAAGUACCGGCAGCUCUUCAACAGCCACGAUAAAAUGAUGAGUGGCUACCUGACAGGACCGCAAGCUAGAACAAUUCUGAUGCAAAGUAGUUUACCACAAGCCCAGCUGGCGACAAUAUGGAAUUUGUCAGACAUUGAUCAGGAUGGUAAGCUGACAGCGGAAGAGUUCAUUCUGGCUAUGCAUCUGAUCGAUAUGGCUAUGUCAGGCCUGCCGCUGCCUCCCAGCCUGCCUCCUGACUUCAUCCCCCCUACCUUCAGGAGGGGUCGCUCAGGCAGCGGGAUUGCCGUGGCCAGCCUGCACAUACCCGACCAGCGUGGACCGGAGGAGCCGGAGGAGGAGGAUCAGCAGAGCGCUGACAGGAAGCUGCCAGUAACGUUUGAAGACAAGAAGCGGGAGAACUUUGAGCGGGGCAGUCUGGAGCUGGAGAAGCGGCGGCAGGCCCUCCUGGAGCAGCAGCGCAAAGAGCAGGAGCGCCUGGCAGCUCUGGAGCGGCAGGAGCAGGAGCGGCGGGAGCGGGAGCGCCAAGAGCAGGAGAGGCGCAGGCAGCAGGAGCUGGAGAAGCAGCUGGAGAAGCAGCGUGAACUGGAGAGGCAGCGAGAGGAGGAGAGGCGCAAGGAGAUAGAGAGAAGGGAGGCGGCCAAGCGGGAGCAGGAGCGACAGCGGCAGCUAGAGUGGGAGCGUGCUCGGCGCCAGGAGCUGCUCACGCACCGGAACCGGCAGCAGGAGGACAUGGUGCUGCUCAAGGCCAGGAAGAAGACCUUGGAGUUUGAGCUGGAGGCGCUGAAUGACAAGAAACAGCAGCUGGAGGGAAAGCUGCAGGACAUCAGGUUCCGCCUGUCUGCCCAGCGGCACGAGAUUGAGAGCACGAACAAGGCCCGGGAGCUGCGCAUCGCUGAGAUCACAAACCUGCAGCAACAACUCCAGGAAUCCCAGCAGUGGCUGGGUCGUCUUAUCCCAGAGAAGCAGUGUCUGAACGAGCAGCUGAAGCAGGUGCAGCAGAACAGCCUCCACAGGGACACACUGGCGAGCCUGCGCAAAGCCCUGGAGGCAAAGGAAUCCACCCGACAGAAGCUUAGAGAGCAGCUGGACGUAGUAGAGAAAGAGACCCGCUCCAAACUGCUGGAGAUCGACAUGUUCAACAACCAGCUUAAGGAACUGAAGGAGAUGCAGAAUAAGCAGCAGAACCAGAAGCAAAAGGAUCAAGGGGAAGAGAUCCAGACAGAAAAGGAGCAGCAGGAGGAGAAGCAAAGACCCAGGGAGCAGGAGACGAAGGCAGCAAACGUGCAGGAGGGCAGGUUGGAUGUGGCUGGAGAUGGGGUGCCAAGUGUGUGGCAAGAUGAGGGAGGAGAUAAUCGUCCUACUACCACCCCAACGCCACCGCCUCAGCUGUGGAUGAAGCGUGUAGCAGAGGACGACGGCCGCAGCAAGAAGGAGGUGCAGGACAAGCUGAACCAGCUCUUCAUGCAGCAGCCAGAGACGGCCAAACGAUCAACUGACUCUCCUUGGCUCACAGAGAAGGCCCCGAUGAGUAGUUUCAACCAGGACAAGGUGAAGGUGGUCUUCUACAGAGCUCUUUACCCUUUCGAGGCUCGCAGCCACGACGAGAUCAGCAUCCAACCCGGGGACAUCGUCAUGGUGCGGGGCGAGUGGGUGAAUGAAUCUCAAACGGGCGAACCCGGCUGGUUGGAUGGGGAGCUGAAGGGAAAGACCGGCUGGUUCCCUGCCAACUAUGCGGAAAAGAUCCCUGAAACCGAGGUCCCGGCCACACUUCGUUCCGGGGCGGCCGCAGUCUCUGCCCCAAAACUAGCUGCCCGUAACGCGGGCACAGCGGCUACGACACCCACACCCACCCAGGCACCGCCCACUGAGAUGGUGUCAGCUGCACCUCCAGCCUCCUCUGGUGCCGCUCCUCCUCCGGCUUCGUCUUCGUCGUCAUCGUCCUCCGGCAACUGGGCCGACUUCAGCAGCACGUGGCCAACGAACACUGCAGAGAAGACUGAGGGAGAUGCCUGGGAUGCUUGGCCUCCACAGCCCUCACUGUCAGUACCUAGUGCAGGACAGCUGCGCCAGCGGUCUGCCUUCACCCCUGCCACCCUCACCGGCUCCUCGCCGUCUCCCGUUCUGGGCCAGGGGGAGAAGGUGGAGGGCCUCCAGGCACAGGCUCUAUACCCAUGGAGGGCCAAGAAGGACAAUCAUCUGAACUUCAACAAGAACGAUGUGAUCACGGUGCUUGAGCAGCAGGAUAUGUGGUGGUUUGGGGAGGUCCAGGGCCAGCGGGGAUGGUUUCCGAAGUCCUACGUCAAGCUGGUUUCAGGCCCCGUACGCAAGUCCAUGAGUAUUGAAUCGGGUUCAUCUGAAAGCCCCCCAAGUGUGAAGAGGCCCACACCCUCCCCCAACAAGCCCACAGAAUCUGGGGAAGAGUACAUUGCGAUGUAUACAUAUGAGAGCAACGAGCAGGGGGAUCUCACCUUCCAGCAGGGGGAUGUGAUUUUGGUCACCAGGAAGGAAGGCGACUGGUGGACCGGCGUGGUGGGCGACAGGAGUGGGGUGUUCCCCUCCAACUAUGUGCGGCCCAGGGAGUCCGAGGGCCUUGGAACUGCUGGGAAGACGGGGAGCCUGGGGAAGAAGCCAGAAAUUGCCCAGGUUAUCGCCCCUUACACUGCUACGGGGGCGGAGCAGCUUACGCUGGCGCCCGGACAACUCAUACUCAUAAGGAAGAAGAACCCAGGGGGCUGGUGGGAGGGGGAGCUGCAGGCCAGAGGGAAGAAGCGGCAAAUUGGUUGGUUCCCAGCCAACUAUGUGAAGCUGCUGAGUCCGAGCACCAGCAAGACCACGCCCACGGAGCCGGUGCCGUCCAAACCACAGGUGCCCAACACAGUGUGUCAGGUGAUCGGCAUGUACGACUACACCGCGCAGAACGACGACGAGCUGGCCUUUUCCAAGGGCCAAAUCAUCAAUGUGCUCAGCAAGGAGGACCCUGACUGGUGGAAGGGAGAGCUCAACGGUGCGGUCGGCCUCUUUCCUUCCAACUACGUCAAGCUGACCACAGACACGGACCCCAGCCAGCAAUGGUGUGCUGAUCUCCACCUGCUGGACAUGCUGACGCCCACCGAGAGGAAGAGACAGGGCUACACCCAUGAGCUUAUUGUCACUGAGGAGAACUAUGUCAAUGACCUGCAGCUGGUUACUGAGGUCUUCCAGAAGCCAAUGCAAGAGUCUGAGCUGCUGACAGAGAAGGAGGUGGCCAUGAUCUUCGUAAACUGGAAGGAGCUCCUCAUGUGUAACAUCAAGUUACUCAAGGCGUUGCGGGUGCGUAAAAAGAUGUCGGGCGAACGCAUGCCGGUAAAGGUGAUCGGCGAUAUCCUAACAGCACAGCUGCCCCACAUGCAGCCCUACAUCCGCUUCUGUAGCUGCCAGCUCAACGGUGCCACUCUCAUCCAGCAGAAGACCGACGAGGUGCCUGAGUUCAAGGAGUUUGUCAAGAGGCUAGCCAUGGAUCCUCGCUGCAAGGGCAUGCCGCUCUCCAGUUUCCUCCUGAAGCCGAUGCAGAGGGUGACGCGCUACCCUCUCCUCAUCAGGAACAUCUUGGAGAACACUCCUGAAAGCCACCCAGACCACAGCCACCUGCGGCAAGCUCUGGAGAAGGCUGAGGAGCUCUGCUCACAGGUCAACGAGGGAGUGCGGGAGAAGGAAAACUCGGACCGACUGGAGUGGAUUCAGGUCCAUGUGCAGUGCGAGGGGUUGUCUGAGCAACUGGUUUUCAACUCGGUGACCAACUGCCUGGGCCCGCGGAAGUUUCUCCACAGUGGAAAGCUCUACAAGGCAAAGAGCAACAAGGAGCUUUAUGGCUUCCUGUUCAAUGACUUCCUGCUGCUCACCCAGAUCAUCAAGCCUCUGGGAUCUUCAGGGUCUGACAAGGUCUUCAGCCCUAAGUCUCACCUGCAGUACAGGAUGUACAAGACUCCCAUCUUCCUAAAUGAAGUGUUAGUGAAGCUGCCAACGGACCCCUCAGGGGACGAGCCCGUGUUCCACAUCUCCCACAUAGACAGGGUCUACACGUUGCGGGCCGAGAGCAUCAGUGAGCGGACCGCCUGGGUGCAGAAGAUCAAGGCUGCCUCAGAGCUGUACAUCGAGACAGAGAAGAAAAAGAGGGAGAAAGCUUAUCUGGUGCGGUCCCAGAGAGCUACAGGCAUCGGCCGGCUUAUGGUCAAUAUUGUGGAGGGCAUUGAACUCAAGCCCUGUCGUUCUCACGGAAAGAGUAAUCCCUAUUGUGAAGUGACCAUGGGCUCCCAGUGCCACAUCACCAAGACCCUGCAGGACACACUGAACCCCAAGUGGAACUCUAACUGCCAGUUCUUCAUCAAGGACCUGGAGCAGGACGUCCUGUGCGUGACGGUGUUUGAGAGAGAUCAGUUCUCCCCCGACGACUUUCUGGGAAGAACGGAAAUUCGCCUGGCGGACAUUAAGAAGGACCAGGGUUCGAAAGGGCCCAUCACGAAGAGGCUGCUUCUGCACGAAGUUCCGACCGGUGAGAUUGUGGUACGGCUGGACCUGCAGCUGUUCGAUGAGCCCUGACUCCAUGUUCAUCAUUGCUGUCCCAAGUCACCCGUCCGGGUGGAAAAAACACCCCCACCCCACCUUCGUCCCAGAGUCCCGCCUCUCCGACAUGCAGUAGUUUCACAUGCUGUGUAUAUAGGUCUGUAUGUGUGUAUGCAAGUGCGUCUGCAUAAGCUGUUUAGGUUUUAAUGGGUGACAAUGAAAGCUUUUAUAUGUGUUACUUUGUUAAUGUUAUUUACUUUGUUAUUACAUAAGGAUUUUACCUUUGGUGAUGCUAGUUAUCACUCAGCUGAAAGAGUCACAGCGUGUGUACAUUCGAUAGCCGAAAUGUUUCACGGUGGUAAUACUUGACAAUUAGUUUAAUAAUUAGGCAUCACCAGGUACAACCAACAUCUAAGAAAAAAAAUCUAUCAAAUAUAUUUAUUAUUCUGCUGACUGUGGUUAAAAUAUUGCAGUUUCGAUAAACCUGUACGUCACGUGUUAUAUGUAUGUAUAUCUCCGAUCCUUACGUUAUUUUCUUCGAUGUUGGUUGUAUUUGAAAAUCUGUGACAGGCUGCCACGGCCACAUAGUUAAACAAUCAGCCAGGUGUGUGGAUCAGGACAAGAACACAGGCCCACAGAAGUGCACGCGUAAUCCCGUAGACCUAAUGACACGAGCGCGCCGUCACGCAGGUACACGGGCGCACGGAAGUGCGGUAACAGUCUUACGGAUCGCAAACCACACACCGUCGGACAGGUACAUUGUCACUGUGAAUUGCUGUCACGCAAGUCUCGACGUGUGGAUAAAUCCUGUGAUAUUAUUACAAAGGUACACAGUUGCACAUUGAUCUGGCUGCACAGGUACGCUGUUAUAAAGGAACACGGACUCAUUCAUUGCAUAGAGCGAUACGCAGGGAUAAUGGGGAAGAAAUGUUUCUUUCUGACCUCCUUCAUGUUUGUGAAUACUUUUGAUUAUUUCUUUCAAUUUAAAAACAUAUAUUAUUUUUUAGCAAUUUUUUUUGAAAUUCUACUAUUUGGCGGUUGCAAUCGCCAUCAUCGUCGACGUGCAUAUUUAUUAACGAAACCGUUAAUUAUAAGCAUAAUGGCAUCAAAGUGAGGUACUUGAAAAAUGUCCUUAAUUUCUAGAAUAAGCAUGUGCCAAGAGGUGUCCUCCAUUGAUUUUUCACUGUUGACCGAAAAUGCACCCUUUGGACAUGGCUGCGCGUCAAUCAAUGUCUACAUACAGGUUACACAUCGGAGUAUAGAAGUGCGUUUAUUAAUGAUGGCACACACAGGUUGCAUGUGAUGGCAAUCGGAAGGAAUCAAACUGAAGCUGACAACACAGGCAGAUGUUGAUUUUGUUGAAAUGAGCCAAAUGCGUGCCUCCAUUUGUAUGUGUGUGUGUGUGUGUGUGUGUGUGUGUGUGUGUGUGUGUGUUAUUGGGGGGGGGGGCGGUGUGGUGUGAGAAAUGGAUGGAUUGUCAGUGCUGUAAAAUCUUCCUUCUGUUCAAACACUGAGGGAAUUGUACAGGGAAUUGCUACAGGACAGGCUUACAUGAAUGUAUGUGUAAGGUACCGUAUCGCUGGGAACUGCCGUAGGUGAGAAGAAAGAAAAUAGCAGCUACGUCUAGUGCUGCGGGGCCACGUGACUUUUCGUGGAUCAUCUCUGGACCGAUAAACAGAAUCGCAAACGUCUGAAGGCACCGCUCCUGGAGUCGCUGCCUGGGCAGCUACGUUACGAUAACUUACUUGCGUGCUCUCGCCAUCUGCCAUAAGCUGAUCGCGAAGCCGAUGUGUGACGCUUUGUGAAAUCGGUCCAGGAGACCUGAAGGCCCGGUGUGUCUCGGGUAAAUUUCUGUGAAACCGUGUGUGGUUUUUCAUGGCAAAACGUAAGAAACGAGGCCAAGGGCGUGAAUGCAACGCGACCGACAGACGUGAGGAUUUCAAGUCUAGGCAGAUUCGCGGUGUCUACUGAAGAGUUAAAAGUAACAGAUGUGUGAAAAUCUGCAGUGAACCAGUAUAGAUGUUUAUAUCCAUGAGUUAUAUACAGUAUAUAUUUUGUAGAAAUUUUGAUUUUUCUGUCUUAAACGUUUCUUACCACAGAAGGUAUACUAUUUAAUAUACAGUACUAUUUAACAAAAAAAGUACUAAUAUGUACUAAAGUGUUUACAACAUACCUUUUUUAGACAAUUGUUAAUUUAGUUUUAUUUUUUGAAUGCAAAAGCUAAUAAUACAUUUAGAAAGAAUGCACUGUUUGAGGUUCGAGGAGUUGUAAACGCAGAAGCUACAAAACACUGAUUAUGUUGAUUCUCAGACCACUGACUUUUUAUUUAGGGUUAGCUUUGAUACACUGUCGCUGCGAUUGCUUUGCAAGAUGUAAUUUCUUGUGGGGAGAGGGAGGACUGAUUUUUUUUUUUUAUGGUCGUUUGGCAAAUUAUUGGUUUGCUUUUUACGGAAACGUAAUUUUGGGUUCAUUUUGGGUAGUGUAAAAUAUGAAAUUUUUUUCUUUCGAAUGGAUGCAUUGCACAUGAUACAGAAAAUAUAUAUACAAAAAGGGAGUAUCGACCCUUAGCUGAACGAAAGCCGUUGAGCCUGAACAAUGCAAAUACCGCAAAAUACGACGAUUCAUUUUUUUUACGUGUCGCGUAUUUAUUUUUUUGAAUACGCACAGGUUAUGCUGACAGAGCAUUGCUCGCUGAUGAAGGCAAUGGCAGGGUGUAUCACUGAGGUAUCAGGACGCAGGACCAGGGUGGCUGCGAAGCUGCUUGUGCUGAAGCCUACUUAUCUGUAGACAUCAGGGUCUUCCACCCUUACAGAAACAUAAUAUACAACGUAAACGGUGGGUAUUUGUAAAACAGAAUACAAGUGUGACUCAUACACACACGUGUAUUUAACACACGCAUUAUAUAAACCUUUGCCAAGGAGAAUGUGCAACCCAUGAUGCUGUUCUCCCUGGCCUCAGAUGCUCAGAUUUCUUUCCACUGAAACAGGUGAAAAGACUCAGCUGUGUUUUAAACUGAAAUGACAGAUAAAUGAGUUAAAGCACUUUGAGCCCCGUCUCAGGCCUGCCCUGUCCCUUCUCAGCAGGAAACCUUCAGCCGCUGCUUUUAAACUGGUCAGCAGCAGCAGCAGCAGCAGCGUUCGCGGGCUGCUCUGGAUCCUUCCACGUGCGCACGAGCGCCAUGAGUGUGCGCAAGCUUUCCGACUGGGUGAGCUGGGUGUUCGGGGGUCCAUCCGCUAACUUACAUGAGAGCAGCACAGCUUUUCCCUUCCGUGUGAAACCGGUGUCUCUUUCACAGCAGUGUCUGGAGGUUAUCCCCGCUAUGUUUUGCUAAGAGUGUCGCGGUGUAUGUGACCGUGUGCUGAUUUAUGACAAAAUGCAGAAACUACUGAAGCAACACAAAAUCAAUAAUUGUGAACUUUAUGGUAAAGCUUGUGUAACCAAUCAUUGUCUUAAAAGUGGGGGGUGGGGGGGGGAAGGGAAAGAGAAUCAAAUGUCAUAAUUUUAUUUAUUCAUUCAUUAAUAUUAAAGCCUGAAGAGGUAAGAAAGGUCUUUUGUAUUGUUUGUAAUUUGUACAGCAGGUAUCAGUUCUGUUAUUUUAUUGGUAUCCCUACCGCACAGCCCUUCAACUCUUCCUCAACACACACAAUGCAUGCAGUUUCUUUCUGGGCAAAAAAAAAUUGUGGUACCAUGUAUUGCAUUACUGGUACUAUAGACUAUGUUAGCCUCUGGAUGUUCAGUACUGUAACAUGUAAA